AUGGUGGACUAUGUUCUUGCAGGCCUCGACAGAGAUUAUGACCCCGUUGUGGCGGCUAUCGGUGCAGUAAAGAACCAAAUCUCAGUGGAUGAUCUGUUUGCUCAGAUUGCAGCAUUUAGUCAGCGCAUGGAGAUGCUUGGCGAUGGCCCUGACACCGGCUUCAAAACCUCUGCAAACAUGGUGUACAGAGGGCGCGGGCGCGGAUAUGGCAGAGGACGCAGGCGCAGCAACAGGGGCCGCGGCCAUGGAAGGUACGAUGAAGAUGAACAGGAGGAGAAGGGGGUCAACAUGGUCACUGACUCCUAUGGCGUCGACACAAAUUGGUAUGCGGAUACCGGGGCUACAAACCACAUCACGGGGGAGCUCGACAAGCUGACGAUUCGAGACAAGUACUGUGAAGGUGGCCAAGUGCACACUGCAAGUGGUUCUGAUAUGGAUAUUACUCAUGUUGUUUCCAGAGCAUGGGGCUUGAGACAGCUAGAUGUUAAGAACAUGUUCUUGCAUGGUGUUCUGGAAGAGGAGGUUUACAUAAGGCAACCACCUGGGUAUGCAAACAAGAAGGCUGACACUUCACUGUUCAUCUACAAUAAGGCAAACAUAACUAUAUUUGUAUUAGUAUAUGGUGAUGAUAUCAUAGUUGCAAGUUCUUUACAAAGUGCCAUUAAUGCUCUUCUUCAUGAUUUAAGUUCAGAGUUUGCUUUGAAGGAUCUUGGUGAUCUACAUUUCUUAUUGGGCAUUGAGGUGAAGAAGAUUCAAGAUGGCAUAACAUUGAACCAAGGAAAAUAUGCCACUGAGCUUCUAGCUCGCAUGGGGAUGAAAGAUUGUAAAUCUUCACCCACACCAUUAUCCUCUUCAGAAAAGCAUUCAUCCUUUGAAGGUGAGCCACUCAAAGAAGAAGAGAUCACGAAAUACAGGAGUGCAGUAGGAGCCCUACAGUACUUGACGCUAACAAGACCUGAUAUUUCCUUUGCUGUUAACAAGGUUUGUCAGUAUCUUCAUGCACCUACUACUGUACACUGGACAACUGUUAAAGAGGAUUGUACGGAUGCAGUGACGACAGGAAGUCAAUUGGAGGAUUUGUCGUAUUCUUUGGUUCCAAUCUCAUCUCUUGGAGAGCCAGAAAAUAAGCCAAAGUAUCCAGGUCAAAGAAAAGAGCAAGAGAAGAAGAUGGGGAAAGAGAAGCAGCAAUCCCAAUCCCAAUCCCUGGUAAAUGAAAUCAUCUCCGUGGAGAGGGAGCGCAGAGAUUUGCUUGGCUCACUUACUCCCGCCUUCUCUCUCUGGAAGGAAAUCGAUUCUCAAACAACGUGGACGAUCGCCACAAAGGAGCCUACUACUUCUUCUAGGGACGAGGACGAUGAGAAUCAUCAACUCGCGGACUACUUCAACUUGAUGCUCCAGGAUAUGGAGGACCUGGGCCAUCGGAUGCUUUCUAUGCUAUAUCUUCUCAACAAAUCCAUUGACCCCAUCUGCUCAUACAAGGCCACUGAGCUGUGCAAUACAGCAGCCAAAUUAAAUACGCAAAUCUCCAAGGAAUUUAUCACAAACCAGGAGCCGGAGCCGGAGCCGGAGCCGGGGCAGAUCAACUUGCCGAGCCUUUUCAGGAAACAUUCUAGAUUUCUCGAUAAUUACGAGAACACGUUGGCCCAGUUUGUCAUGGAGGAGGAUGAGGAGAACAAGUAUGAGGACGUUAAGGUGGAAGAGGAGGAGGAGCAGGAGAAGGACGUAUCCACAAUGGAGUAUCUCAAGGAAAGGGUGGACGUCGAGCAACAAUUUUUUGCCUAUGAUCGGACAUACUGGGAAGAUGUGUGGGGCAGCAGGAUCGGACGGUGCGGUGGAUUUAUGGAUACAACUGCAUUGAGCCCUAUGCUCUUUACACACUACACACCCAAUACCAUCUCAUCCCCUGCUGUCGCCGGGAGCAGCUUGCUGGUCUACUCCAUCAAAAUAAAGAAUCUAAAAGGCUUCAACUGGCCCCUCAGAGUGUACGGCAAGGUCGUUGCUCGCGACACUGUGGACCGCAACCGGAACAUUCUCUUCUCUCGAUCAAGGUCUAAGUACCAAGAACUCACCCGAGAGGAUUAUUCUUUAUGCUUGACUGGUCCAUCUCGUGCGAUUGUUGCUCUGGACCCUGUUGACUUUGAAGUUCAACUCCAAACAGUUGAAGGAGCAGAGUUCCAAGAUACAAUGUUCAUCAGUCUUAAACACCGCCUUGAAGAUGGCCCAUCAAGUGGCUCAGAUGGUGAUGGUUGUACAAUUGUCUCGCUCUCCAACGACUGUUGUAUGUUGAAGUUAACCCUUCAGCAGCUUGAUAGAUCGCUCCAGGCUACUAUCGUGGGUGUACGUGUUACAAAAGGGGAUUGGCCAUUCAAAUUUGGAUGUCGAGUUUUUUGCUCUUGGUCUCCCUUUGUUGCGACGGAGGUUAUUCCUACCACUUAUAGGCCAGUUGUGCUGCUUGACCGCUGUGGUAAAGGAUUGCUUAGAGGGUCAGAGAACUACCUUCAACUGUCGAGGAAAGUGGUUUCAGUGGGAAUCACAAGGAACGCUGAGAGUGGCCAUAUAGAAGCCUAUGGGAUGUCCCAUCGCUGGAUUGCUCGAAAGGGCCACAUCGACUUUCCUGUUCAGCAAUGCCAAACAAGCACACGUGAUUGUUCAGUUGGCGACGCCACAGUGGAGGUGCUUGUAGCCUGGUCGUUGCUUGUCAAGGAAAAGGUGGACCUCUUGGAUUUGUGCCCAUACAGCAUCCGCCUCUGA